AUGGGAAUGUUGGUCUCUGCGAUUGAUGUGCUGGUGGGAUGUUUCUUUGCAGCGUGGCUCUCUCUGAUUGUGUACUUUGCAGAUGGCGACAUCAAUAGACCUUUAAAGCUCGAGAUCCAUCCUCAGCAUCUGGGCCCAAUUUCCCGGCCCAGUAGUAGCGCUAGUGCUAGUGCUAGUGCUAGUGCUAGUAGUAGUACUAGUGGUCCCUUGACAGUGCUGGAGAUCAGCGAGUACUUGUCUGGUUGGAUUUCUGAUCUUCACGCUCACUUGGCGUUGUCUAAAAAGGCGAAAGCAGAAGGGAUUUGGGAGGCUUUCCACAAUUUCACCGCGCACACGCUCUACCCGUGGGAUCAAAAGUACCUGCAGCGAAUGCCGCCUAGAAGACACGACGGAUCCAUAUUCCUCAGCCUAGCUUCCUACAGAGACGAAAACUGCCUCGCCACCAUGUCACAAGCCUACCAAAAGGCAAAAUAUGCGGACAAACUGUUCGUCGGACUCAUACAACAAAGAUGCUACAAAGACUGCAGAACGGGAAUCAUGGAGGAUGGAAAAUCUAGACCACAGCCGGAACCAGAUCCGGAUUGUCACAAAGACUUUUGUGCUUCCACCAUUGGAAAGCCUCACUGUCAAGCAGGAAGAAUAAGAGCAUUGCAUAUACAAGAACCGGAUUCUUUGGGACCUUACAUGGCCAGAUACUUUGCAUCCAAACUAUGGAGUGGAGAAGAGUGGUUCAUGCAAAUUGAUAGCCACAUGACAUUUGCUCAGGAUUGGGACCACAUAUCCAUUGAUGGACUACAAAAAGCACCAUCACAAAAACCGGUUCUCAGCCACUAUCCUCCCCCCCAUCUGCAAGAUCUCAAGCAAUUUGAAACAAAGCCCUCUUCCAGAAUAUGUGGACCCAUAUUCACUUCGGAAACUAUUCGUCUAGAAGGCAGUCUGGUCUACGACCAUGAAAAAUUGUCAACCCCACGUUUCUCACCGUUUACUGGAGCGGGCUACUUUGUGGCGCAUUCAUCAUUCCUAAAAGAAGUACCUUUUGAUCCAUUCUUGCCAUGGAUCUUCAUGGGAGAAGAAAUCAUCAUGAGCAGUAGACUAUGGACGUCAGGAUAUGACAUGUUCUCACCCGCACAAGCCGUUGUUGGACAUAUUUACUUUAGACGGCAUCAGCCCAAGUUCUGGGAGUCGGUACAUCGGGCGUUCACCCCAGGUGUUCACAAUCCACUCGAGGAGCUCAUAUUGGAUCGGAUCAAGUGCCAGCUCGGGUUUCCGGAGGCAUCGCGAGACAUGAUUCCCAAGUCCCUGUUGACUGCCGUCCAUCACUACACCAUGGGCAAAGUGCGACCGCUACAUGAUUACAUGAAGAUGAUCGGCAUGAAUGCCGCAACCAAAGAAGUAACCCCCAUGAAAUGGUGUGAACAAGGUCAGCCCCCGCCUGGGUUUGAACAGUAUGCUUCUCUCUACAGCAGCCAACAACAGCAACAAUAA